AUGCGCAAGAAGCUCCCUAAGGAGCUCGAUAGGAUGGCACCCAUUACGGAGACCUCACACGAUGAGCUGCGCACUUCCUACAAAACCGGCGAACGUGAUCCUGAGCUGAACGCUACCUCCGAGUACGCAAAAGCUCCCCCCAAGGCACCGCUAUCUCGGUCACGUAAUGAGUCACUGCUCACAACAGAUAUCAGGUACGAGUUGGAAGAGGACGACCUCUCGCUCAUAGACGAGGUCAUUGAUGAGGCAGCUCAAGACGAACAAGAAGACUUCAUAGCCCAUCCUGGUAACGAGAUUGAUGUCAAAAAUGGCGCAACUCUGCAAUCUACAGUGUUCCGCCUCCGCGGCCCACUGCAAAUGGUUGAAGACCGUUUGCUUGACGAAGCAGAGGCGCGACUAGCAGUUAGCAAGGCUGUGCAAAACCAAAACGACGUUGAUAGACUCACUCUCGACACCACAUACGCUACCCUGAAGGUGUCUAACGAAGCCAUGAAAGCAGAUUUCGCAGCCGCACAACGUUGGAACGCCGCCCCAGAAGAGUGUGAGCGUUGCGGUGGUGCGGAUAGCCAGGUUGACAGCGACGACGACGAUGACUUGAUCUCUAUCUGCAGUAGCAUUGACUUGGACGAAGAGCCCACCGUACAUGUCGCAACGUCCGUACCAUUCAUGCGUGUCACACCCGGUAUGGUGAAGCUUGUCGACAUUCUGCCUAGGAAGAAGAAACCAGCUGUACCGCCUGCACCACCUGCACCACCUGCACGAGUCGCGCCGGUUGCACCGCCCAACCCGCUGCCCAUGCUGGCGUUAUCUAGUCAGCUUAAGGCGCCCUUCAGGCCUACGUACUACUUUCAACAUGACGAGAAGAUCAGUCCAUUUAACGAACGCAGUGAGCAUGUGGAGCCUACCGUAAUGUGUGGCCCCCUUUCCGCUAGCGAGUUCAACCGCCUCGACAAGGACAAGAAAUUGAAGCUGCCCCGCGACGAGUCACGUCUUCUUGUCCAAGACUGGAUGUCUGACUACGACCACACCAAACAACGCCCUUUAUCCGAACGUCUCGACUUCGAUGUACUUGCCGAUCAGCAAAUUCCUCCUGCCCCGUUCCCCAAAGAAGACCACGCUACACCUCCUCAUCCGCCCAGGUCCUCGUCAAGAGAGCACUACUGCCUCCAUAACGGCCAUAUCUUCCACCCCAUCAACCUCAAGACUGUACCCGACGAGGUCGCCAUCAACAGCUUGGAAGUCCGACCUUACCUGCAUACCUCUGUUGGUUACAAACAGCAUGUCUCUGUUCCUGUUUUCUGUGACCGGUGCGACGAAGAUGUCAAAGAAGAGCUCUGGGAGUGCGACAUUAGUGUCUGCCGUAUGGGAGUCUGUAAGCAGUGUGCAGAGGAUAUGGAACAUGAGUGGCAAGAGCGUGUUGCUGAUGCUUGGACUCACUAA